GCGAUGGUGCUUGGAGCCUCCGAGGACGCUCACGCGGUAGGAGUCUCGCUCGUCGUCCGGGGUCCCGAGGCGCGGUCCAGUCUGGGAAUAUGAGCAAAGCGGACGUCCCGUGCCGAUCGCUGACUUUCACCAUCGACAACAUCCUGAACCUGAAGCAGAGGAGCGGCGGUGGCGGCGGCGGCGGUGGCGGCGGCGGCUUGGGUGCCUACGCCUCGAAGGGGCAGACCGACAGCGGAUGUAACGCCGACUUCCAGCCUCCGUACGUGGAGGAGCUGUUCCACGUCCGGAGGCGGCAUCAGUCCGGCAGCUUAUCGAGCGACACAGCGCAGACAAACGGGGUCCUUCACGAUGCCUCCGACGGUGCGGGGACGGCCCGCCGGGACGGCGCGGUGACGAUGAUUGACGGCCGUGCGCGCGCGGAAAGCGCCCGCGACGCGUCCGAGCAACGCGACGCCGACGCGGAAGCCAAAGCGGCGGCGGUGAAGAAGAAGACGCGCACCAUCUUCUCCAAAAGACAGAUAUUCCAGCUGGAGGCCACCUUCGACGUGAAGCGGUACCUCAGCAGCACCGAGCGGGCCUGCCUCGCCAGCUCGCUGCAGCUCACCGAGACGCAGGUGAAGAUCUGGUUCCAGAACCGCCGCAACAAGCUGAAGAGGCAGUUGUCCACGGACAUGGACGGGUCCGUCGGCGUGGAGCCCUACUGCGACGCUGGGAAAAAUGUGCAAUUACCGACUUUUUACAAGGACGGCCACUUUUUGGGCGGCUGCCUGUUGCCGAUGCCUUUCCCCGUGAUGUACCCUGCGGCUGCAAACGCUGCGCCUUACGUCUACUUCUCCACUGCUGGCAAAUGUUUUGGUCUGUUCGACUCGGAUGGAUGA